UCGUUGCUCUGCAUUCCCGUCGCGAUUUCGCCACCUUCGUCUCGUCCGAUUUCUGCUCGUCUUCGAUCGGUCUGCUCGGUCCGUUCGCGCUCUGAUCGUUGGCGGAAAUCGCGGGAAGUUUGCACCGCUCGUGGGUGAUCGCUCUUUCCCCCUUUUCGUUGGCCCCUGAGAAAUCCGAGAAACGAAUUGCGGGUCGAAACCGUCGAUCUUCUUUUGGCCGAGUGGUGUAUUUGUUUUCUUGAUGCUUGCCGGGCACCGGAAGUUUGAACCUUUGGAUUCUGGGUGCGCGAUUCUCGGGAAAAGUGUGAAUGGGGUUUUCUUGAUCCUUGUUUUGCUUUGAAAUUUGGACGCUCUCGUGAAGGGUUCUUGGUAAAAUCUUGCUGGUUAUGAGACAUGGAUGAUCUCAUAAGCGAUCUGCCGCAGAGUAUUUUGGAAAGCAUCCUCACUCGGCUGCCGAUUAGGGAUGCUGUGAAGACUAGCAUCUUGUCUAGGAAAUGGAGGUACAAAUGGGCUUCAAUUACUGAACUUGUGUUUGACGAUGAAUGCGUGAGCUCAUCGCAUGAUGGGAAUGUAGUCGAGCAGAGUCUCGUGAAAUUCAUUACUCGGGCUUUGUUUCUCCAUCAUGGGCCGAUCCAUAAGUUUCAGGUCUCCACAUGCUACUUGCAGAGCUGCCCCGAUAUUGAUCAAUGGAUACUUUUCCUUUCCCGUGAUAGUGAUGUCAGAGAAUUGAUUCUUAAGUUAGGGGAGGAUGAAUGGGUACGACUACCCUCAUGUCUUUUUAAUUGUAAGAAGUUGACUCAUUUGGAUCUAUCUUGUUGUGAAUUGGAUCCACCCCCUCGUUUUAAGGGAUUUUCGUGUUUGAGGAGCCUCAGUCUUCAUCGGGUCUUGGUUGCUGCCGAUGCGAUUGAGAAUCUCAUCUGGAGUUGCCCUCUUCUUGAAAAUUUGGCAUUAUCAUACUUUGAUGACAGUCUUGCUAUUACCAUCCGUGCUCCGAAUCUCAAGUACUUGUAUAUGGAGGGCGAUUUUACAGACAUAUUCCUCGAAAAUACUCCUCUCCUCCUUAGCUUGUCGGUAGUUAUGUACAUGGCUGACGACGUGGCUGAGCAUUUUGAGCUUGAGCAAAGUUCGAAUUGCAACUUCGUGAAGUUUCUUACUCGUGUGCCUCAUCUUGUAAGUCUCGCAGGACGUGCUUACUUUGCAAAGUAUUUGAGCAUAGGUGAUGAUCCUGGACCACUCCCCAUCACAUUCGAUCAUCUGAAAAUCAUUGAGUUAUUUGAGGUGAGCUUCGAAGACAUGAAAGAAGUUCUUGUGCUUCUGCGGUUGAUAACGAGUUCUCCCAAUUUAGAAGAAUUUUCGAUAUCGGCUGGUGAGAGCACAUCACCUGCAGAAGCACCUGAUUCUUUAGAUAUUUGGGAGAGAGAAUGCCCUGCGGAUUGGACAUUUAAACAACUGAAAGUAGUCAAGAUGACUGAUGUCAAUGGCAUACCACAUGAGAUGGACCUCGUCAAAUUCUUGCUUGGCAGCUCUCCAGUACUCAAGACAAUGACUAUAAGCCCUUCUACAUAUUUUAAGCAUGAUAGAAUGGUUAUGUUAAUUGAGUUGUUGAGGUUUCGCCGGGCUUCUUCUGAAGCAGAGAUCAUAUUUCUUCAAGAAUGAGCAUUAACAAUGUCUUGUACAUUCAAUUCAGCAACUGAGUAUUGGCUCAUCCUUUAUCUGAGAAGAUUGGCGGAUCGAUUCUUGUUGGAUCGUUACUUGCCUUGAAAUUAGUUUUUCGUUUCUUUUCGGAGAGUUUCUUCUGAUAUCUCGCAUCCUAAAUCAAAAUCUAUGCAUGGAUUAUGAUGUCUUUUGGUUCUAUGUACCCUGUUUUGGCCGGUUAGGUUUGGGAGUCACGGCGGCGUGCUGAAGAGUUUAUUCCCUUCGCUAAGAGCAGUUUAGAUCAGAUCAGAAUCUGUACAGUGAAACAUUAGUACACUCUUAGUAUUGAUUUUAAUGUUGCUAUA